AUGGAAUCUAUAAUAAAUAAUUUACAAGAAGAUUAUAUCAAUAUUCCCAUCACUGGAUUAUUUCUUAUUUAUCCUAAAUAUUUUGUUCAUGUAAUAGAGGCGGCAGAGGAUAUAAUUUAUAGACAUUUCAGAGCUAUAAAUAAUUAUAAAAGUGAAAAGAGUAAAAUAAAAAGAGCAAUUUAUCUCCCAACUUAUCAUCAUGUUCAUCAGAGAUUUUUUUCGCAAUGGUCCUAUGUGUAUUCAGUGCCACCUUCGUUAAUACAACCAUUCACAUCAUUUGAAUUAGAUGAUAUUCUUCAUCAAAUGUCCAAUUGUUUUAGAAAAAUUUAUAUAUUAUGUGAUCAUAUUUCAAAUACGAUUAAAGAUAGCUCAAUUCCAAUGAAUGAAGUCGUGAAAACAUUAAAUGAAAAGUUUGUACCAUAUUAUCCUGAAAGCACAUUAUUAGAGUAUUUAUUGAAUAUAAGACAUCCUGUCAUUUUAACUAUUGAUGAUUAUUUGAACAUAUUUUCUAUCACGCCAACAAUUAAUUUGUAUCCAGAGUAUUUACAAUAUCAAAAAAACGUCUUUUUUUAUGGGAUACAUGAAAUUUGUAUCACUAAACUAAUUACAUAUACAAAUUUCAUUCAAAUGGUUUCUUUUCUUUUUUUUUCUUUUUUUUUUUUUUGAUUUCCUUUUGCAAAAGCAGCUGGUCAAAUUCGAUCGUUAAAAAUAUACAGGCGAUAUACGGCUGAAACGGUGCUUUCAUGUAUUAUUAUUAGUCUAAAAAGAUUUUUUUGGCUCUUAUUUCUGGCUACUGUAAGAUAUAUAAUAACGAAGCAAAUAGAUGAGUAAACGCUGGUCGGUAUUAUUUAGAUAUUUUAUGGUUAUCACGCAAAUUUCAAUUAAUUAUAUAAUAAUUAAUUAUAUAAUAUUUAAUGAAAUUUUGUAUAUUAACUAUAAAAUUAAAAUUUGUCAUUUAAACAAAUAUAAAGUUAACAUUUAAUGCGUAACAUAGCAUUUCUUAGAGUAUUAAUUCUAAGAGUUAUUAUCUAUGUAGGAUUGGAAACAAUUCGUGAAGAAAAGAAGAUAAUAUUUCUUACAAAAGAAUAUUCAUUUUAGAAAAUAUUAACGAUAAAUUUAAUUUAA